AUGGCCAAGGAUCAGGUUGAUGAUUCCAUGCCCCUUGAGGAACGAGAAGCUACUGAGAUGCAGCCUGUGAUGAUGGAGGAGGAGACCGCGUCCGUUGUGGACACUGAGCCACACCCGGACUCCAUGGUCUCCGACUUAGAAAAGGAGAAGGGGGGCGAUGGAUUCGGUGAGUCCAUGCGGCUUGUCAAGCUGUCCACCACGGAAGUGAAUGUCUUGCGACAAUCCUUCGACAUGCUCUUGCAAGCCUUGGGAAGAAAUGACCGUGAAGCCGUGGGCGAUGCCAUCUACGGCACGAAGAUCGGUGCAUUGGUCGCGAUUAAGGACAGCUUCACAACUCCGAGAGCGGUUGUGUCCUUGCGCUUCUUCAACUGUUUUCGGCUUUUGCUGGAAAAGGCAGAGGAUACGGAGGAGAUGAGGAUCUACGUCGAGACUUUGGCCUUUAAGCACUUGAACACCGAGAUCACCGAGCAGCGCGUGGAGGCGGUGAUCGGGGCCUAUCUGGAGCUGCUCACCAUCAACGUGCCCAACCUGCCACCGGGAACGCCGGCCGCCUGGCGAAACCUCUUGAGCUACUGCGGCUCGUGCUACCGCUUUGUGGGAGACACCUAUGGCGAGCGCUUGCGCGUCAUCAAGGAAGAUGUGGUGGUUUCGGAUAUUUAUGAAGAUUGGCAAGUGGUGCAGCAGGCGUCCAAGCACGAAAGUGAGAAGGCCUCCAACAACGGGGAGGAAGGUGAAGGCGGUGAAGGCGGUGAAGGCGGCGAGGAGGACACGAAAGACGACUCCGCCGAGACCUUCAGCUUUGGCCGCAUGUGCGCCUUCAGUAACGAGGUCAUGGGACAGAAGACUGAAGGCUGGAUGCUGGAGCUUCUACAAGUCUUUGAUAUCCUGGUGGAGAUGAUUUCUAGCCCUGUCCACUUGCAAGAGGAGUGCGACUUGCUGGCGAUCAACUUGAUCACCAAGUCUUCCUCCAUCGACUUCGAGAAGUUCAAACCGGUGAUGUUGGCGGCCUUGCGAUCUUUGCUUCCCAAGCAGUGGAGCACUUUGCACGAGACUGCCUGGGAGUGGCUCUGGAUGACGGUGGCCCGGAAUUUGAAUGAGUCCACCAUGAAGGUUCGUGCCUUUAAGCCCUACAAUGGCAAGCUGUUCUCCCAAUUGCGGGAGGAUCAAUUGGAUCGAUUUCGGUCAGACAUCUUCACAGAGUUCUUCGCCCGGAGCCAAGCCUCACAAGAUCUCUUCAAACAGUCGCAGAGCCGGCUGCGCUACAUCGCCGAUCGUGUCCUGCAGAGCUCCUAUGACAUGUUCCACAAGAACAAAGAUGAGACGCUGGAUGAACUUUCGGCUUUGGGUUUACGCCAUGUAGGCUAUGGCAUCCCCAUCGAGCUGUUUGGCCCCUUCGUGGAUGUGUGCGUGAGCGUGAUGCAUCCCUUAAUCCAAGAGUUUCCAUGUGAAAAUGAAAGCACCAAGUUGAUUUGGUGCCCCAAGGACAAGGCACACCAGUUGCAAGAGAAGGAGAUGCCGGAACACAUGAUGAUUGAGGGCUUCCGAUGGUCCAUUGGUUUGACCGCCAGGGUUCUGGUGCGAACCAUUAUGGACGGCUCCACCGCUGUCAUGCAAGCAAUCCACUUCGACGACUCCAAGCGCUUGCGGCGAGCGCUGUUGGAUGCACCACGCGUGGAGCGCUUCGUGUGGCAACUGUCCGUGCAAGUGGGGAGCCAAUCCAUCUCUCCCCUCUUUUGGGCUUCCUGGUCCUGGUUCUUGAAUUUUGAGGCUUUGAAGAGCGGUGCUCACGACACAGCCAAGACCAUGAUCCAAGACGUGCUGACCAUCCGAGCCGAUCGGGAUCACUACUACUUUGGUGCGGAUGAGCCCUGGCGCAUUGAGCUCUUCAGGUUUCAGCCUAACAUUGCGGACAACAUCCUACGGGAGGCACCCUUCUUGGCCGAGACCUUGCUGGAUGGGCUGAUUUGGCGCUCCCACAAGAGCAAGGACAACUUGAGGCCGGUGAUCUACUAUUUGAAGCACUUGCUUCAAGACAUGGAUGAAGAGCAGAUGUUGUCCCGAGCUUUGAUCAGCUAUAUCCGCUUCAACCACCCCAAGACCAUUAUGCAUCCGAUCUUGACCUUCUCCUUGGACUUGCUUUGGGAGAAGUUGGCCAAGCGCUUCUUCUUGAUGGACCGGGUGCUGACGAUGAUCAACUGCGUGAUCUUUCUCUUGGCCGCAUGCCUGUUGGACCACGACAACAGUCCGCAGGUCGUGGCGGGCUUCCGAGUUCUGGUCUAUACCAUUGGCUUUGGCCGAUUGCUCUACUGGCACUGCUGCCAGUUCUACAACGGCUACCGCCACGGAGCUGUGACCAAGCUCGCCUGUUUCAAGUUCCCUUCCUACCUUUUCAGGACCUCUGACUUGCUGAGCUUCUGCUUGAUGUGCGACCUUCUGGCUACCGCCACUGUGGAACCCAUGUUCCACUGCCUUGGACAGACUGAGCAUGUGAUCGCAUUCCACUGUGAUCAAUGGACCGAUACCAUGAACCUCCUCCAUGAAAUCUUUGUGCUCACAGGCGUCUUCCUGUAUGUGAUUUUAAUCGUGGAGGUUGGAAGCAUCUCGGUGAAGCUCUCCGAGUACCGCGUCUUGUGCAUCCAUGCCAUCGAACAGGUCCUGCUUUGCUUUGGCGUGGUCUUGCUGACGAUCUUGACCUUCUCCUUUGCGGUCAGCGGCAUGACGCGCGAGAUCCAGGCCAUUUCCAACACCGAAUGGGCCGACAUCGGAGCGUCCAUGAGCACCUUCAUCCGCAUGGCCUUUGGAGCCAUGGACCUAGCUCCCAUCCAGACGGUCGCAGCCGAGAGCCCGUUGCUGAUCGUGGUGAUCGUGCUUUUCAUGAUGUUGGUCUACACCUUCUUUUUCAAUCUCCUGGUGUCGCAAUUCUGUGGGGUGUACACUUCACUGGCGGCAGACAUCAAAGGCCACGCUAGGCUUGCUCGCGGUGAGAUCAUCAUCGAAACGUUCAAGAAUGUGCGAUUGUCACGGUGGCAAAGGUUCAUGACUUCCCUGAACUUGGACAGCAAGGUGACAUCGGCUUGGCCGGGGGGCAUCAAGGACUUCGAGCCGGCCUUAGCCCAUCCAGUCUCAAAGGACCAGAUCAUCCGCUUUGGUGGGAGGACGGAUCCGCACUUGCCUUGGCCCGAGAAGCUGGCCAGCGAAGCCGAUUCCGUCGAGAGAGUGGUCCAACGAACGAUCCAGAAAUCCUUGCAGAAGUACCUUGGAAAGGGAAAGAAUGGAGCUGGAAGUGCCUUGGGCACCCUAAGCAGCGAUGACCAGAGCAGCAGCCACCACAGCAGUGACAACAAAUGA